AUGGAAGAUACAAAGAGCGCUCCAGAGAAUUUGCGCAAGUCUUUACAGUACGAUCUCUUUGGACGAACCAUGACAUACCGGUUUGCCAUGACUGGAUUCCUGGGGGCUCUGGGUUUCACUGAUCGAGCUGCCUGCUCCCCUGACCUGGGGGUGGUCAAGGGCCUACUGCUACGGUACUUUCGCUGGUGUGCGACCGAAAAAGACAUAUUCAACAGCGACGGCACCCUCAACCUCGGGCACUCUCCCACGAACAUGUAUCUGACCGAGAACUAUAACUCCUCCAGCUCACCAUACUGGUGCUACCUGUCCUUUGUCUCCCUUGCACUGCCCGAGUCCCAUCCGUCUGGACAGCUCCCGAAGAGCCCUAUCCCAGUGCUUCCAUUCUGGCGGUUGCAGCCCUGGAGUAUCCUAAGCACAUUACAGGCCUGUCACUAUCCAUUGAAAGUAACUCAGGCAAAGUAUGGCAAAUUCGCCUAUAUCGCAUCCUUCGGACUCUCCGUGCCUACCCGGGCCUAUCAACUAGAACAACAUGCCCCCAGAAGUAUGCUGGCUUUUUCUGACAAUGGAGGCGAUAUUUGGCACACCCGACAGCAGUCCCUGAAUGCUCGCUUCGAAUGGCGCAACGAGACUCCCAUCCUCGUCUCGGAUUGGAAACCGUGGCCAGAUGUCGAGGUUGCGACCUUCUUGGUCCUUCUCCUUGAAGGCAGCGAAAACUGA